GAAGGGGACGCUCAACUCGCUCAGGAGGAGUUUCCGGCGGGCCGUGGAGAAGAGCCCCCGCCUGUCGGGGGGCAAGGGGUCAAAGGUCACCUCCGAAGCGGACGACUCGGGGUCCCCGCGAUCGCCGGUGCCGCCGUCACCCAGUGAGUAAGCAACGCUGUUGCCAUGACGUCCGCUGCGGAGGGGAUUUGCAUGCAGGUGCAGCGGAACCGCCUGUCGUCACCAGGAAACCGGAGGUUUAGUGACUGCUUUAUCUUCCUCGCACGGAUCCAGAGGAAACUUUUAAUCCGCUCGCGGCACGGAGACGUGCUGCUGGUAGUUCAGUGCUGUUUUUUUUUUUUUUUUUUUGUUGCCUGUCAGCACGUGUGUGUGGGUGAAAACUUUGUGUGUAGGUGGAAACAGCAGCAGAGUGGAAAGAUUCUGCCCCGAAGAGCGAGAAAGCAAGUUGGUCGAGUUGGGAAAAGAGUGCUGUCACCAGUUUGUCCUCCCUGCUUGUAAAAAUACUGACUGGCCACUUUAUUAGGUACCCCUGCACAGUCUGAGUCAGUCAGGCAAACCUGCCAUUUAUUCUAUCUUUAAAUGAAAGAGGGGUCCAACAUACGCUAUAAUCAUAUUAUAAUCCAGUACCUCAAUAAUUAACAUUACCAGCAGCGCACCACAGGCAAACAACACACUACUGUGACGAGCGGUAGCUCAGGUUGGAAUCCACCUGUCACUUGACCCGGCCCGGAGUUCCCCGUGAAGCUGCGCAGCGCGUUCACUGGUUCGGCGCCAGUCAUUGCCUCAAUGAUCGAUCCUCUAUCGAACGCGGCACUGAGGGUUGGAGGGACCUGGCACCGUGAGAACCGGUCCUGCCUCCUGACCCGUAUGUCUGCGAGCAACCCGUCAAGCAGAGCCGGUUACUGCACUUCAGGUGCUUUCAUUUAUUGGAUCACCCGACGCCGGUCUGUGUCAGGAAGCCAGGACAAACUGCUGGCAGCUUUCACUUAUGUGCAAAAUAGACCUGUGUGUUUUCAUCAGGAUUUAAUCAGUGCAUUCCCCCGGGGUUUAGUUCAGGUCACCGUGAGGACAAAGCACGGUCAGGUCACGCGCGUGAAUCCGUUUGAGUGCUCAGGUGCUCGUUCCUGGUUAGCGAGGAGCCGUAGCAACCUGCGCAGGUCUGAGGUCAGCUGCUCGUCUCUUGUCUCCUCCCCGUUAGGUCCCAGCGCCGGUUCCUGGGCGUCCUCUCCUCUGAAGUCUACGGAGGACGGCGAGGCCAGCGUCACGCCCCAGAAAAACAGGCCUCUGACCCAAGCAAAGACAGAGCCCGAUGUGUCCAGGUUCAGCGAGUCGCUCCUCAAAAGAGGAGAGUCGCUGCGCAACAGCCUGGGACUCGGCAGCAAGAAGGUCAAGAACAAAGGUCACGUGCACAGCGUCACUCAGAGCUCGCUGGAGGAGGAGAAGGAGGAGAAGGAGGAGCAGGAGGAGGUGCGUCAGGAGAUGGAGGAGACCUACACCCUGCCAGAAUUACCCCACACCCCCCUGUCAGUGAUGCAGAUCAACAAGUUGAUCGAGACAGGGCUGCUGGAGGAGGCUCACCUGAACCUGCUGGCCAUGAGGCAGGAGUUCCAGCGAGAGCGCGAGCAGUGCGCUGAGGAUUCCACCAUGGAGCUGGCCAAGAAGGAGAAGGACCUCAGCCUCCUGUACGGAGAGCUACAGAGCAAGAUACGCAGCAUCGUGCUGGAGUGCAGGAAGGACCUGCCGGGCUCCGUGGCCCGAAUCAUUCAGGAGGAGGAGGCGAGACGCGGGGAGCCCGGGGGGCUGCAGGGGAGCUGGAUGGAGGCCUGGAGGGCGGCGGUGAGGGAGGGGGUCCAGGCGGCGGUGGGGCGGGUUCCCCUGGAGCAGAGCGAGCACAACCCGUCCUGGCUGGCUGUGCACCUGGGCCUGCUGGGCAAGGCCGUCGUGGAGGACUUGGAGAAUGCGAGGCAGGCGCUGCGAUGGUCCUACCCGCCCAGCUUCAAGGUCUUCAGCGCCUGCGUGGAGGCCCAUCGCCAGGUCAUCGGGCAGCACCUGAAGGAGCUGGAGCGGCGGGCGACGGAGCUGAGGGACCUGUACGCGCUGCUGGACUGGACCAUCAACACGUACAAGAGCGAGAGGAUCAUGGGAAGUGUCUCCCUGCAGCCGGACAUCAAGGAUGAAAACACCGAGCUCCGGCUGGAGGAGAACUUCCUGCAGCAGCUGAAGGACAAAUACUGCUGCAGGAUGAAGGUGGACCUGGGCGCCUUUCUGGAUGGAGUCAUCAAACUCGAGCACGAGGACGUGUGGCAGAGCGGCGCGCCUCCAACCAAGGAGGAGACGUACCUGGUGUCCAAGUUUCCCAUGGACGUCUGGACGGCAGUGAAAAGCAAUGUGGUGAACAGUGGGAAAAUAGACGCUCAGCUGGAACAGAAAGCGGUCUCUGCCUGCCUCAAGGAACUCAAACAGUUCCCUAAGAGGUUUGAGGCCGAGUUCAAGCGUCGCUGCAGCACUUUGGGGCGACAGCGUGUGUGGGCCGAGUAUCACAUAAGCUACAUCAACAGCUUCACAGCGUUACAACAGCACAUGGAGGGUUACUGCAGCGUCUGUCCUCUGGAGGUGGAGGAGUUCAGGAAAGAGGUGAAGUGGCUGAUCGUCAGGCUCAUGGAGGUGUUAGAGGAUCAGUUCAAAGAGGGCGUAAAGCCGUACCUGAGGCGGAUGAUGACCAGGAAGUGGCUCACCAACGAUGAUGACUUUAAGGAGCUUUAUUCCCAGACAGACCUGUUUUCCCAGCACUGCGCUGCCAUGAGGCCUCCACACGUCCAGGCGUUCGCAGACCACUUGCACUACCACGUGGUGCGGGAGUACGUCGGGCAGCUGAUGAAGAACAACUACUCAUGCAAGAACAGGAAACACGAGAAGGCAGGGGACAAGAUCCGUGUGCAGAUGGGUAAACUGGAAGCGGCGUUCGAGGACACGUCGACUCUCACGUGGCUCCAUCAAGUCGGCGCUGACCUGAGUAAAAUCGUCGGACUCAAGAACAAGACGGACAUAAAAAACAAUCUUGAGCCUUUGGUGAGAAAUUACCCAGACUUCAGAAAGAAGCACCUGGUUGCCGUGCUCAAUUUCAGAGGCCUGGUCCGAGGCCGUGAACACCACGCGAUCAUGCAGAGGUUCACAGAGCUCAAGAAGAAACAGGGCAGCGAAAGCAUCGACAAAAGCAGGGUUUUAUUUCAGGACAUGGACGUCACGGUCAACACAGACUGUCUGAGCAACCUGCCCUUCUCCUGCCUCAGAAACCUGCUGCCAGACUAAGGACACACAGCAUCCUGUAUAUAAAUGCAUGUCUCCCUUAAAGGAAGGGCAGAUGGACAUACACAGGAACAGUUCCAUUAAGUUCCAGGCAUCAGGGUUCACCCUGAGCUAAUUACCAGGCUAGAAAAGGGCUCAUACUGUACAAUAUAUAGAGAAUGUUUAAGUCCAGUUGUCUUUGUUAAACGUUAUAGAUUUCAAUUGAUUGUACAUGUGUACCUACACAAGUGGACAGUAAGUGUAAAACCCAGUUGUUGAGGAGAAAAGGUGCCACAGACAGGGAAGGAAAAAGUAAAGAGGAAGAAGGAACGCUUGUCUCCUGCGUAGAGAAGGCACAUUUGUUAUCAUUUACAAAACCGUUUUAAUUGUAUUAAAUGUGAGUCAUGCAGUGGGAUCACAUCACUGUGAGAAAACUAGGACCUAGGCUCUCUGGAUGAAGUUCAGCCUGGGGGGGUGGUGAUUGUGAAACUCCAUAUGUGAAUAAAUUUUUAUUCUGAGAAGUCGUUGGUGCCGCUGGAAGGUUUGAAUCAAGGUACUUCAAUAUUUUCUAAUUUCUACCAGAGUCAGAACUAUUGCAGUUUAACAUUUUAUAUACAGAAGAGAAAUUGAUCUUAUUUAGGAUCUGAAAUUGUCUGAGGUAAAUAAAAACUACCCAAACUUUGCA